AAGAUAAAUAAAAACACACUUUCAUCUGGAAAAUUCUUUAGUCAAACAGAGCAUAUUUGUUGCAACAUUCGUCGAGUCUAAGCAGAGGAAAUGGAUUGGGGUUUUGUUCAUAAAGCUUGGGACAAGUGGGCUUCUUUCAGUGUUGGCUCUUCAGGUCAGCCGCUAAAAGCUGCUAUACUCGUCAACUAUGACCCAACUGGUCCGUCUCGCCUCUUGUCUACCAUUGUCGAACAAGAAGGCAUAAAAGUGAAUGCCAUUGAACUGAGCCAAUUCAUUGACUUCAUCAAAUGUGACAAGCUCCAUACAGAGAGUUUCAUUAUUGGGCCCAACCAAUUGUCAUGGACAGAUAUUGUCACAUCAAUUCAUGAGAAUUGGUUCUGUGCAAGGUGCAUGAACACAUCAAAACCAGCUGGUGAAGGGGCUAUCGUCAUGCAAACAGCAACAUUUAUCUUGGUUGCACUAUAUGAUGGUUCUAUUGGCUCAGCUUCUCGUGCUAUGUUUGCUGUUGAUCAGUUUGCGUGGCAAUUAAAUCGACGAAAUCUAUAACCUUGCCAAAUACAGCUUUGAAAAGAUAAAGAUCUUAUGGGGCGGGAAGAAGGCUAAAAUUCUAUGGGGAUAUGCUAGGUGCUUGGUGUUAUUUGGGUCAUUUGGCUGGACAGAAUCAGAGAUAUAUUUUUAGGACAAGGAUGGGACUGAGUCUGACCAAGAGGAUUCAUGGGACAAAAUUAAGUUCAGGAGUUCCCUACGGGCUGCGGAUGCUUCUGAGCUCAGAGAUUUCUCUUUCACAGAUAUUCUCAGGGACUGGAAGGUGACAGGGUGGCAGCUUACUAAUUUGUCUAGAAUAGAAGUUUUUCUUGUUCCAGGCAGUUUGCUUGCUUCUAGUUUCCAAGUCUUCUAUUCGUGUGGAUUUGUUGUUGUUCACUACUCUGAGAUCUAUCUUUAUUCUAAGCACUAAAAUCCUAUUUCUUUUCAACAACAGCAAAACAAAAUGAUGUGGUUGUUUUUGCUAUUGUUGUUAUUACUUAAAAGGUUGCUAGA